GUGGACGAGCGAGCACAUGCACUUUAACGCACGAGUGGUUUGGGUUUUUACGCACGGCGCGUCGUGCUUCAUUUGCGGGGGGGAUUUUCAACCUUUGUGAUUUUUGCCAUGACACUUUCCGGCGAUUUUGAAUCUUCCCCACACACCGAGUUUCCUCUGGCAGAGGACGAGAUCGACAUCGUGGGUGAGGAUGACCCGGAGCCCGCCGACCUGGGCUCCGGGGCCGACUCUUCGGGGACGGAAAGCGAGAGCGGCUUCUGCUCCGGGAAGGCCGGUGGGGGGAGCCUGGUGAAGCCCCCUUACUCCUACAUUGCUCUCAUCACCAUGGCCAUCCUACAGAGCCCCCUGAAGAAGCUCACCCUGAGCGCCAUCUGUGACUUUAUCAGCAACAAGUUCCCCUACUACCGAGACAAAUUCCCGGCUUGGCAGAAUUCCAUUCGCCACAACCUGUCGCUCAACGACUGCUUCGUUAAGAUCCCCAGGGAACCGGGCAACCCCGGCAAGGGCAACUACUGGUCCCUGGACCCGGCCUCGGAGGACAUGUUCGACAAUGGCAGCUUCCUAAGGCGCAGGAAGCGAUUUAAGAGGAAUCCACCCCAGUUUGGGAAGGAAGGACUCGUGUUCUGCUGCCGGCCUUUUGGACAACCGUACCCGGUGCAGGGGCGCGUCACCGCGACCGCUGUGGGCUAUGCGCCGCUGCAGGACGGCGUCAGGAUGCCCACUCCCUCGUCUUAUCACCUUUUGCCGCAAUCUCGGAGCGAGUCCACCGGACCAAAAGAGGUCAGAACUACAGAAAACACCAAGUCCAUGAGGGGCGUGCAGGGCAAGUGCUCCUUCAGCAUAGACUCGAUCAUGAGUAAACCGGCUCCCACCAAUGGGGGUCCACAUCAGUAUCCCCUUGCUUACCCACGCUUAAUGUCAAACCAUGCGUCCCCCUUGGUCCCCACACUCCUGCAGAACCCAAGAACUCAUUUUGGACCCCCUGCCAUGCUGAGUGUCACCCCUUUCAUCAGUGAACAACUAAGACGUUCAUACCCACAGUGCUGAGGUGUGGUUGUUAAUAAUAUUAUGUUGGUGUGAUCUUUUGUGUCAUACUUAAGACACGUGUUUCUCAUUUCUUAAAGAAAUAAUUGAACUGCAUGAUAUUUAUGUUGACUAAAGAAUUUCUGUUUCUUUGGACAGUAUUACUCGAAUCUUUUACAUCAAGGAGGCUAUCAUCUACUUUGUAAAAAAAAUAAAAAAAAAUAAAAAUUCAAACACUGCCAUCUUGACCAACUGGAAGUACACUGGCAGUUCAAAAGUUUGAAGACAACUUUCAAGUAAAAACAUGAAACUGUUUCAAAACGUUUGACUGGUAGUAUAUCUUUAUCAAUAUUGUAAGCCGCUGUAACAUUAUUCUACAUGUAUUUAUUUGACAACAAUAACAAUGGUUUAUCUACAAAGUGUUGAGCUGGCAUCUGGUGUUUAAAUUUGAAAAUUUGCUUUCUU